AUGCACACAUCACAGCCAAGCCGAAAUGGAGCACCCUGCUAUCUUAAUUGUAUGCGUACUGAACGGGCAAGGCUGGGUUGGAGUGCAGACCUGGUGAUACAGCUGUUUCCGUUGCCAGCUCAGAGCAGCAGUGUGAGUGUGCGUCCGGUGUGUCCGGUCUUUUGGUAA